UGUAGGAGAAGCAGACCCCAAGAGCGUUGCAAGCUGAAGAAGACCAUGCACUCUGGCCGGGCGCUCGGUGUGUGCCAUGUGCUUGUGUUGGUGUUGUGUGUGUCUGCGACUGAGGACUUUGACUGGACAAAGAACGACCACGGCUCCUUCUAUUAUGGCACUUUUCCAGCUGGAUUUUCGUGGGGUGCCGGCGGUUCCGCCUAUCAAACAGAAGGAGCCUGGGACAAAGAUGGCAAAGGCUUGAGCAUCUGGGACGUAUUCAGCCACAAGAGGGGCAAGAUUGAAAAAAACGACACAGGGGAUUCUUCUUGUGAGGGUUACUACAACGUCAAGGGGGACGUGUCGCUGAUGCGAGAACUCAAAUUGAACCACUAUCGCUUUUCCAUCUCUUGGCCUCGACUUAUUCCCACAGGCAUCAAGUCUGAUCAUAUCAAUGAAAGAGGAAUUCAGUACUAUGAUGAUCUGAUUAAUCACCUGCUGGCCAGCAAGAUCACUCCCAUCGUGACGUUGUAUCACUGGGAUCUCCCGCAGGUGUUGCAAGAGCGGUACGGCGGAUGGCAGAAUAUAAGCAUGGUGAACCAUUUUAAUGACUUUGCCAGUCUGUGCUUUGAAAGAUUUGGCAACCGAGUCAAGCACUGGCUUACAUUCAGCAAUCCGUGGUCGGUCGCAGUGGAAGGCUACGAAACAGGUGAGCAUGCUCCUGGACUGAGGACGAGAGGAACUGGAGCAUUCCGGGCUGCCCAUCACAUUAUCAAGGCUCACGCUAAAGUUUGGCACACGUACGAUGCGCAGUGGAGGCCAAAACAAAACGGUCUCGUGGGCAUCUCCCUGACAGCGGACUGGGGAGAGCCCGUCGACAUCAGCAACCAGAAGGACAUCGAAGCGGCCGAGAGAUACGUGCAGUUUUCCCUCGGCUGGUUUGCCACGCCCGUCUUUCACGGAGAUUACCCUCAAGUGAUGAAAGACUUCAUUGGUAGGAAGAGUGCCCAGCAAGGUCUCGGAUCAUCUCGCCUGCCCACGUUUUCUCCCCAAGAGAAGAGCUACAUCAAGGGAACGUGUGACUUGCUGGGCAUCAGUCAUUUCACGACACGCUACAUCACCCAGAAGAAUAACCCGUCUGGCCGCGGCACCAGCAGCUUCUUCAUGGACCGCGACUUGGUCGAGCUGGUUGACCCCCAGUGGCCCGACCCCGGCUCAGAGUGGCUCUACUCUGUGCCGUGGGGGUUCCGCCGCAUGCUUAAUUUUGUCAAGACUCAGUAUGGAAACCCGAUGAUCUACGUGACUGAGAAUGGAGUCUCUGAGAAGAUGCAAUGCACAGAGUUGUGUGAUGACUGGAGGAUAAAGUACUUUCAAGAUUACAUCAACGAGAUGCUCAAAGCCCUCAGAGACGGUGUGAAUCUCAAAGGUUACACCGCAUGGUCACUGCUGGACAAGUUUGAGUGGGACGAAGGCUUCGGCGAGAGGUUUGGCUUAUAUUACGUGGACUUCAGAAAUAAGAACAAGCCUCGCUAUCCAAAAGCUUCCGUUCAGUUUUACAAGCGCAUUAUCAGCGCCAACGGAUUUCCCAAUCAGAGAGAGGUUGAAAACUGGAGGAGGAAGGCCGUGGAGACCUGCUCAUCAAGUAACCAGCUCCUUGCUGCAGAGGAUCAGCGGAGUACUGCUGCCAAUAUUCUAAGACUUAUACAUGACCCGCUGACCAGCCACAUGGAGAUGGUAACCGAGAUCGUUGUUCCCACUGUGUGCACGCUCUCCAUUUUAUUGAGUGCCAUCUUCCUCAUGUUCCUGCUGCAGAGGCGAAACUAAACGGUGCGGCAAUCACAACGUGGCAAUACUGUACGCAAAAAACUAAAUCGGAUAUUUCAUGAAUUGUGUGCUCACAAUGAUGACGUUGAUUGAAUUUUAAUUUGACGUGGAAACAGUGUUUACAAUGACAAGCUGCAAAAAAUUUGGACUCUUCCCAUUAAAACAUUGCUGUGAAGUA